AUGGCAACAUUAUACAUUCGUUCUUUUAUAAACCCUCGUACAAGUAUUUCUUGUACUUUCAAAAAGUCAACAAAUAGAAUAAGUCCUUUGUUUUCGUAUAAACUAUCUUCAAGUUUUAAAAGAUAUUAUAAUGAUUUCUCAAAACCCAAAUCAACCUUACUAGAUAAUCAAGGUUGGAAUUAUAGUCUUGAAGUUUCUGAAGCUUUACAGGAAGAUAGACCAGUUGUGGCCUUGGAGUCUAGUAUAAUAUGUCAUGGUAAGAAUUUGGAAACGGCUAUAGCGGUUGAAAACAUUGUUAGGGAAAAUGGAAGCGCGCCUGCGACUAUAGCUAUUUUAAAUGGAAAAAUCAAUGUAGGUUUAUCAUCUAGUGGAUUAGAGAUCCUUGCGCGAAUAGGUCAACAAGCAAAAAAAAGUUCUCGUCGAGAUCUUGCAUAUGUUGUUUCACAAGGAUUGACAGGAGGUACAACGGUUUCUGGAACUAUAGUUAUAGCUCAUCACGCAGGAAUUAAAGUGUUUGUUACUGGUGGUAUUGGCGGCGUUCAUCGCGGUGCAGAAAAAUCAAUGGAUAUAAGUGCUGACUUAGUCGAGUUGGGAAAAUCACCCGUAGCUGUUGUGUGUGCGGGAGUCAAAUCAAUUUUGGAUAUUGGGAAAACUUUGGAAUAUUUGGAAACCCAAGGUGUCACAGUGACAACAUUCGGUGAAACAACAGAUUUCCCAGCCUUUUUUACGCGUAAAAGUGGUUUUAAGAGUCCUUCAAAUUCAAAAACUAUUGAAGAAUGUGCUGCUCUGAUCAAUGCAAAUACGCAACUUGGAUUAGAUAGCGGGUUGCUUAUAGCAGUUCCAAUACCUGAAAAUGAAGCAGCUGAUGCGGAUAAAGUACAGAAAGCAAUAGAUAUUGCUUUAGUCGAAGCAAAAGACAUCAGAGGGAAGGAUGUGACACCAUUUUUGCUUAGGAGGGUUAAUGAGAUUACACAAGGAGGCUCUUUGAAAUCAAAUGUUGCAUUGAUUAAGCAUAAUGCAAAAAUCGGAAGUCGAAUUGCUAAAUGUUUGGCUGGCUUUAGUUCUAAACAAAAGUCGGAAAGUAGAUCAAAAAAAAACGUAUCAGCGCCUUUUUUUUCAAAACUUCAAAGGGAUCAAGAUUUUUUCUCAAAUAAAAGGUUAUUGAUAAUUGGUGGAGCGGCAGUUGAUCUUACAUCAACUUUGGAUCCUCUCGAUUCUUCAUACUUUAAAACAUCAUCACCUGGUGUAAUAAGACAAACUAUUGGAGGAGUAGGAAGAAACAUAGCGGAAACAUCAUUUAGACUUGGAGCGAAUCCAUUGUUUGUAUCAACAAUUGGAAAUGAUGUAAAUGGAAGUUGGUUGAAGAAUAGAUUUGAACAAAUUGGAAUGGAAACCGAUGGAUUACAAAUAAUCAAAAAUGAAUCAACGGCAUUAUAUAAUGCAAUUCAUGAUCCUGACGGGAAUUUAAUUUGUGCUGUUGCUGAUAUGAGAAUAUUUGAUAAAUUAUCAUCCGAUAAGGUUUGUCAGACAAUUAGAAUGAAACAACCGAAGUUAGUUUGCUUUGAUGGAAACAUUUCCUCAUUUUUCAAUACAUUAACUUUAAAUCCCUUUUUGGAAGCAUUCUUUGAAACAACAUCAGUUCCAAAAUCUUUGAAGUUAUUUAAAGAUCAUGAACAAUUUAUCUCAUUACUAUCGUCACAAUCAUUAAAAUACAUGUCACCAAAUUUUUUUGAAUUAAAAACAAUGCAUGCUAAAGCACAUCAAGAAGGUUUAUUUGAAAGGGUUGAAUUUAAGGAAAUUGAUAAAUAUGGUCUUGAUCCAAAAUUUGAAAAAGUAAAAUUAGGCGCAAAUGGUAUUUUGUACGCACAAUUUUUAAAAGAUUUAAGUAUCGAUAACGUUAAUAUGAAAGAAACUGGUAAGAGUAUUAUAAAUUACGAGAAGAAUGAAAUUAUUAUAAAAUGGAAAAACGGAAACAGCGGAUCAAGGCCCAAAAAACUUGAUAAAAGUGAAAUAGUUAAUGUUACGGGAGCUGGUGAUAGGUAA